AUGGGCUUCUUUGCCAAAAAGUCGGCGGACACCUUAAGUGCGCCUGAAAGGGGCACGAACCCAAAGUCUGAGGCAACCACUAUUGUUCCAAGCCAGAAUGUCUCCAGCACGGAUCUCGAAAAACAGCCCGAGCUUGGAGGCACCACUGAAGAGGACAGCUCACUCACUCACUCUGUCGAUAGUGAGAAGUUGGUCGAAACAGAUCCGGCCACAACAACGGAAGGAAAGCUAGGAACAGCGCUCGAAACAGUACCAGUCCGGAGCUCCAACCGCACGGCGUCCUCCAUCGUCGAAACCAAAAAUGAAGAGAUUCAUACCGACCCCAACGCCUCUGACGAGGAUGAGAUGGUCUUUCCAGGAGGUGUGAAGUUGGCCUUGAUCUCACUUGCUCUCUGCUUGUCGGUCUUUCUAGUCGCACUAGACAACACCAUCAUCGCAACAGCUAUCCCCAAAAUUACAGAUCAUUUCAACUCGCUUGGUGAUGUCGGCUGGUAUGGCUCAUCCUACUUGCUCACCACCUGCGCUCUACAGCUAUUUUUUGGAAAGAUGUACACUUUCUACUCCAUCAAGAUCGUCUAUCUGACCUCUAUUGGUAUCUUCGAAAUCGGCUCUGCCGUCUGUGGCGCUGCUCCAAGCUCCUCCGCCCUCAUUAUUGGUCGUUCUAUUGCUGGAGUUGGCUCAGCUGGUAUCUUCUCAGGUGCCCUGGUCAUUAUUGCCUACUCGGUCCCUCUCCUCAAGCGUCCAUUGUAUACAGGCAUGAUUGGUGCUAUGUACGGAAUCGCCUCCAUUGCUGGCCCUCUAUUGGGAGGCGCUUUCACCGACAAAGUUUCUUGGAGAUGGUGUUUUUAUAUCAAUCUCCCUAUCGGAGCGGUGACAGUAGCAGUCAUCUUGGUAUUUUUCCAUUCGCCCGUCCGCAAGGCCGAGACCAAGGUGCCACUCAAGCAGCGGGCACAUCAGCUCGACCUUAUCGGCACAAGUGUCUUCGUCGUUGACAUUGUUGUAUGCUUGCUUGCCCUGCAAUGGGGAGGUGCAUCCUAUGCUUGGUCCAAUUGGCGUAUCAUUCUCUGCUUGACUCUCUUCGGAGUGUUGACUAUCGUCUUCGUCAUUAUCCAGUAUUUCAUGAAAGAGCACGCCACCCUUCCAUUCAACAUCAUUGGUCAGCGCAGUGUGGCAGCGGCUUGUUGGUUUGCCUUCUGUCUUGGUGGAACUUUCUUCGUGAUGGUCUACUGGCUCCCGAUCUGGUUCCAGGCCAUCAAGGGUGCUUCUGCAUUCAAAUCCGGCAUCAUGUGUAUACCGAUGAUCCUCUCCCUGGUCAUUGCUAAUAUCAUCUCGGGGAUCGGGACGACGGUCGUCGGCUACUACGCUCCCUUUUACUACGCCGCCGUUCUUCUCGCAUCCAUUGGCGCAGGCCUCCUCAGCACGUUCGAAACCACCACAGCCCAUGAUAAAUGGAUUGGAUACCAAAUCCUCUACGGGUUCGGUAUUGGGUUCGGCAUGCAGCAGCCUUUAAUCACCGUACAGACAGUCUUGCCGCUCAAGGAUAUCCCGACUGGAACUGCAAUGGUGAUGUUCAUGCAAACAUUCGGUGGGGCACUCUUUGUCUCUGUCGCUCAAAACAUUUUCAACAACCGCCUCAUCACCGAAAUCCCGAAGCAAGCCCCCGGUGUCAACCCGGCCAUUAUCCUGCAUGUUGGAGCGACGAGUCUCGCAAGUAACAUCCCUGCAAAUCAGCUGGAAGGAGUCAAACAGGCGUAUAACACUGCAUUGACUUCAACCUUCUAUAUCGCAGUCGCAAUGGCGUGCCUGAUGGUCUUCAGUGCUCUAUCCGUUCAAUGGAAGUCGCUCAAGGGCAAGAAGCCCGGCAUGGUAGCUCCUGCCUAG